UCAUUGUUUCUAUCCUUUCCUCUCAGGAAGCACCUUCAAGCUGUGGAGCUAUUACUCUCUCGGGGCAGCAAUGUCAACGAGAAGACCAACCGCGGAUAUACUCCUCUCCAUUUGGCUGCAGAUUCAUCUCCGGAAUGGACAAAUGGUGUGAAAGCUAUAAUGAACCAGAGCGCUGUUGAGGUUAAUCCUCGAGAUGAAGAUGGUCGAACACCGCUGCACUUGGCCUGUUUUUGGGGACACUUGCACACUGUCGGCCUGUUGUUGGGUCACAAUGGCAUCGAUGCCAAUGUGGUUGACAACGAUGGAGACACACCACUGCAUUGGGCAGUUCAGCAGCGAAAAUAUAAAGUGGUGUGUGCGAUGCUGUCCAAGGAUUCGGUGAAUUUAGAAAUUGUGAACAAAGAAUAUAGGACACCAUUGCUUGAAGCUGUUUCGGACGGUCACCUCGGAAUAAUGCAGCGGCUGAUAGACAGGGACGCGAAUGUAAAUGCCGUCGACCAUGGAGGAAAUAAUUGCCUGCAUCUGGCGUUAAAAAGAGACUUUCAUUCUGAGGUGGAGCACAUGACCAUGUUAGAUCAGUUCUGCAAGGAUCUGAAACUGGGAAGCGAAGAAAGGUACUCUGGCGUGGUGGUUGCCAGUUACCUAGCCCACCACGGGGCCAACUUUUACUGUAAAAACAAAAGUGGCAGAACACCAUUGGACCUAAUAAAAAAGGCAAAAUUAAAAAAAACGUUAAAGACGUUAUUCCGACCAACGCCAUGUCACUACUGUCAUGAGAACAUGGCCACCGUGAGACUGCAACCAUGUGGAGAUCUUGUUCUCUGUGAGAAAUGUUCUUCUGAAAUGACAUUUAAGAGAUGCCCCGUGUGUCGAGAAAACACACUCAGCAAAAGUGAAUUUGAGGCUCCAAAGUUUGAGGACAGGUGUGUACAAACAGAGGCUACAUGUCAGGAAUUAGGGGCUGCAUCUCAGGCAAUUGGGGCUCCAAAGUGUGAGGACAGGUGUGUGCAAACAGAGGCUACAUGUCAGGAAUUAGGGGCUGCAUCUCAGGCAAUAGCAAGGCCAAUAUUUGAAGACAAAGAGGUCCAGACAGUGGAAGAGCCACGUGAGAGUCCAGUUCUGAAGGAGAAAGAUCUUCUGAGAGUGGCUAAGAGGUUAGGACGUGAUUGGUGGCAAAUAGUUGUUGUUUUAGAAGUUGAUACAACUAAACUGAAAAUUGAUGAUGAGUCUAAUGUCACUGUAAAACAAGGCUACCAGAUUCUUUACGAAUGGUACAAAAAUUGCGACCCAGAAACACGGACACACGCAACAUUAAGUGCAGCUCUUGAAGAAGCUGAAUGUUUCGCUGCGAUGGAAUGUCUGUCAUUAGACGCAAAGUGAAUUUCUGUGUAACUGUUGUUGCUUAGCCUCAGAUUAACCUUGACCAAACAGAGACGUAUGAUGAAACGCAUUGCAGCCAGGACCAUCAUGCCUAUUUCCAAAGAGAACCCACAACCACAUUGUCCAAUAUGCCCUUCUGUACAGUGAUAUCGUGUGAAUUUAGCUACUAAUUCUAGCAGGUAUAUCAACCACAUAGUGAUCCCUUCACUGGUUUGGCUCCUUUGUUAAAAAUUCACAUUUAAAAUAAAGACAAACUUUGAAAUGUUCA